CGCCCCCAACUUCCCUUUCUAAACACCAGUGACCUGCACGCCUCUCCUUCAUCCCUUCAUGGCCCAGCCUGGUCCCCACUCCCUAACCCUGGCUCCCACCCCCAGCCCCGUGACAUCCAUCAUUGCUGCUGUGGUGGGCAUUCUGCUGGCUGUGGUCGUGGGGCUGGUCCUCGGCAUCCUAAUCAAGCGAAGGCGGCAGAAGAUCCGGAAGUACACGAUGCGGAGGCUGCUGCAGGAAACCGAGCUGGUGGAGCCGCUGACGCCUAGCGGAGCGAUGCCCAACCAGGCUCAGAUGCGGAUCCUGAAAGAGACAGAGCUGAGGAAGGUGAAGGUGCUUGGAUCCGGAGCUUUUGGCACAGUCUACAAGGGCAUCUGGAUCCCUGAUGGGGAAAAUGUGAAAAUCCCAGUGGCCAUCAAAGUGUUGAGGGAAAACACAUCUCCCAAAGCCAACAAAGAAAUUUUGGAUGAAGCAUAUGUGAUGGCUGGCGUGGGCUCCCCAUAUGUGUCCCGCCUUCUGGGCAUCUGCCUGACAUCCACGGUGCAGCUGGUAACACAGCUCAUGCCCUACGGCUGCCUCUUAGACCAUGUCCGAGAGCACCGCGGGCGCCUAGGCUCCCAGGACCUGCUGAACUGGUGUGUGCAGAUCGCCAAGGGGAUGAGCUACUUGGAGGACGUUCGGCUUGUGCACAGGGACCUGGCUGCCCGGAAUGUGCUGGUCAAGAGUCCCAACCAUGUCAAGAUUACAGACUUCGGGCUGGCUCGGUUGCUGGACAUUGACGAGACCGAGUACCACGCGGAUGGGGGCAAGGUGCCCAUCAAGUGGAUGGCGCUGGAGUCCAUUCUCCGCCGGCGGUUCACCCACCAGAGCGAUGUGUGGAGCUACGGUGUGACUGUGUGGGAACUGAUGACUUUUGGGGCCAAACCUUACGAUGGGAUCCCAGCCCGGGAGAUCCCUGACCUGCUGGAGAAGGGGGAGCGGCUGCCCCAGCCCCCCAUCUGCACCAUUGACGUCUACAUGAUCAUGGUCAAAUGUUGGAUGAUAGACUCCGAAUGUCGACCACGGUUCCGGGAGCUGGUGGCCGAAUUCUCCCGCAUGGCCAGGGACCCCCAGCGCUUUGUGGUUAUCCAGAAUGAAGACUUGGGCCCCGCCAGCCCGUUGGACAGCACCUUCUACCGUUCGCUGCUGGAAGAUGAUGACAUGGGGGACCUGGUGGAUGCUGAGGAGUACCUGGUACCCCAGCAGGGGUUUUUCUGUCCAGACCCUGCCCCAGGUGCUGGGGGCCCGGCCCACCACAGGCACCGCAGCUCAUCCACCAGGAGUGGCGGUGGUGAGGUGACACUGGGACUGGAGCCCUCCGAGGAGGAGCCCCCCAAGUCUCCACUGGCACCCUCAGAGGGGGCUGGCUCUGACGUGUUUGAUGGCGACUUGGGAAUGGGGGCAGCCAAGGGGCUGCACAGCCUUCCGCCACAGGACCCCAGUCCUCUACAGCGGUACAGCGAGGACCCUACAGUACCCCUGCCCCCUGAGACUGAUGGCUACGUUGCCCCCCUGACCUGCAGCCCCCAGCCUGAAUAUGUGAAUCAGCCAGAGGUUUGGCCGCAGCCCCCCUCGCCCCUAGAAGGCCCUCUGCCUCCUUCUCGACCUGCCGGUGCCACUCUGGAAAGGCCCAAGACUUUGUCCCCCAAGACUCUCUCCCCUGGCAAGAAUGGGGUUGUUAAAGACGUUUUUGCCUUUGGGAGUGCUGUGGAGAACCCUGAGUACUUGGCACCCCGGGGCAGGGCUCCCCCUCAGCCCCACCCUCCUCCAGCCUUCAGCCCAGCAUUUGACAACCUCUAUUACUGGGACCAGGACCCAUCAGAGCGGGGCUCUCCACCCAGCACCUUUGAAGGGACCCCUACAGCAGAAAACCCUGAGUACCUGGGCCUGGACGUGCCAGUGUGAGCCUUUUGGCCCAAGUCUGCCGAGGCCCCGCUGAACCCUCGGGGAGUAGGGAAGGCCUGACUUCUGGCCUGAGUCGGGAUGAGGCAGGAAAUGGGCCCUUGGCCCACAGCAAGGGGAUCCUGCCAUACCAGGAACCUUCCUUCCUGCUCAAAUCCCAGGUGGCUGAGAGGGGCCCAGCCUGGUUGGUUGAGAGGGCAGCACUGGGGAGUCUUGACCAUCUUUGGAGCACUGCCCCAGCCAACUCUUGGGUCCCAUGGAUGCCACAGCCAGUCUCCUCAUCACAGGGAGCAGCUCAGCCUGGUUCUCUUAUUCUAGAUCUUGACACUGAAGGACGUAGGGAAGCUGGGCCUAGAAGGGGAGGAGGCUCCAAGGGAGUGUCUUAGGAACAAGAGCAACCCAUUCAGAGACUGUCCCUGAGAUCCAGCUCUGCACCCAGGAAGAAGGGAGCAGCAAAGCUGCCCAGAUCCAGUUCUUGUACAGAGUGCUUUUCUUGUUUUGUUUUUACUUUUUUUUUUUUUUUUUUUUAAGAUGAAAUAAGGACUCGGGGAGAGCGGGUAUUGUGGAGGGGGGUGGGACCCUGGGGUUGGGGGAAGGGUGUCCUUUCUCCACACCCACUUUCUCCAUUUGCAAAUAUAUUUUGGAAAACAGCUGGGCACCAGCCUAUGUCUGGGGUGGCUCUGUGCCAACCCUUACUGCUCACCUAACUUACACUCAAGUCAUCUUUUCCUGGAGGAAGUGGCUAGGAAUCAAGAAAGCUUGAAUGAGGA